GGGAAGGAAGCCGCAGUCGCAGCCGGAGUCGGAGCGGGAGGGAGCCAGCUGCGAGCUCCCUGCCCGCCGCGUCCUCCAGCCAGCUCCCUGCGCACGGGGAAGCCGGACCGGGGGCGCGGCCCUCUCCCCACGCGCCUAGACCUCCGUCCCUCCCUCCCCCGGCAAGUGCACCGACGGGCUAGGGGAGGGAGGGGACGGCGGGGUCGGAGCCACUGCCCUUUGCUGCGCUUCCUCCCCCUGCUCUUUGCUGCCCUGCGCUGCCCUGCCCUCUGCCCUGCCCCGUCCCCGCCGCUCUGCUCCCGGCCGCGCCUCGCCACCUGCGCCGUCCCGGCGGCACAGAGAGGGAUGCUUGGUGCGUUCCUGGUGGCUUGGCUCCUGGGUGGUCUCUGCAGCCCGGAGCUGGCUGUUGGGGUCCCCGGGCCGCCAUGCCAAGCUCCGCAGCAGUGGGAAGGACGGCAGGUGCGCUACGACCACAGCAGCGGCCGCAACACCCGGGCCCUGCUCUCCUACGAUGGCCUCCAGAAGCGCGUCCGUCUCCUGGAGGAGAAGAAGGCUCUCAUCCCCUGCAAGAAGUUCUUUGAAUAUAUUUUCCUCUAUCAAGAUGCAGUGAUGUUUCAGAUUGACCAGGCCACCAAGCUGUGCUCUAAGAUUGCUUUGACUGACCAAUGGGAUCCUCUGGAUAUCCCCCAAAACUCAACUUAUGAAGACCAGUAUUACAUCGGGGGCCCUCAGGACCAGAUCAUGGUACAGGAAUGGUCAGACAGGAAGCCAGCUCGGAAAUUUGAAACAUGGGUUGGCAUCUAUACUGUCAAGGAUUGUUACCCAGUCCAGGAAACCUACACCAGGAAUUACAGCGUCACGUUCUCUACUCGGUUCUUUGAUAUCCAGCUUGGCAUUCACGACCCCUCUGUUUUCACUCCACCGAGCACUUGCGAGAGAGCCCAGACAAGGAUGAUGAGCGAUGCCUGCUGACUGCUGCUCACAGGCUGAAAAAUCACAGUAACUACUGACCUAUUGACAAAACUACUCACAUACACUGAAUUGAUUGUGGCUCUUUAGGCUAGCCAAGCUUAAUGGGAUAGCAAAUCUUACUGUUGCUUGUAUAAAUGCCAUCAGGUAAAUGGUGCCCGCUGCUGCUUUGUUUUUCCUAUUUAAGACUCUAACUGUGUUUCCACAGGUAAACUGAAAUAAAAGGGGAGUAAUUAUGCAGGUAUGCAUGAUCAGAAAAAAAAACCAUUCUGGCUAAUUUCAGUUACAAACCACCUGGUUUUGGCUGGAAUUACCUAGAUCAUUCAGCUUAUUUUCAGUUUUCUUUUUCUGGUCAGACCUGGUUUAGUUGAUGUGCUUACUGGCUGUUCCUAGAAGUUUCCAAAUAACAUCUUCUAAAAUAGAAAACAUGUUUGAUCUUGUGAUGACUAUUCUGUUAAAAUGUGCUUGAUUUUUCAGACUAAAGAGAGAGAGAGAAACCAGUUAUCUUGACUCACACAACAGAUCGCUAGCCUGUCUUGUAUACAAAUUGAUGGUAAUGGGUUUGCCCAAGAGUUCUGUUGAAUAGCUAAAUGGGAAAUGGAACAUGGCAUGUCCCAAACAUCUCAUUUCAUUAUCAUCAAAACCAUUAAAUACAUUACAUGCUCA